UUGGCUCAGAGGAGUGAGAAGAGCUGCGGUGGAGUCUUUUUCUAGAGGGUCUGGGUGAGAGGAUCAGCAUGUCGUCCAUCAUCAGAAAGGUGAUCAGCACCACAAAAGCCCCGGCGGCCAUUGGUGCCUACAGCCAAGCUGUGCUAGUGGACAGGACCAUUUACGUUUCUGGACAGGUUGGCUUGGACCCCUCCAGUGGACAGCUUGUGCCAGGAGGAAUAGUAGAAGAAGCUAAACAGGCUCUUACAAACUUGGGUGAAAUUCUGAAAGCUGCAGGCUGUGACUUCACUAAUGUGGUAAAGACAACUGUUCUGCUGGCUGACAUAAAUGACUUUGGCACAGUCAAUGAAAUCUACAAAAUGUAUUUCAAGAGUAACCUUCCUGCCAGGGCCGCCUAUCAGGUCGCCGCCCUGCCCAGAGGAAGUCGGAUUGAAAUCGAAGCAAUUGCCGUCCAGGGGCCUUUCACCGCCUCAGGACUAUAAGAGGCCUCACUGAUGUCGACUCUGGGUUCUUUCUCUGGAAUGUCUUUCACACCUUAAUUCUUACAGAUGAUGCUGGGAAGUGUGACCAAGUGGCUGAGCUUAUCGUGGGAUGACCUUACAUAGGCAGGCUUGACAUGAACGGGAAGUGACUCAGUACGCUGGCUGAUGCUCUGACUCGACUUACCUACACUCAACGUCUCCGAGUGAGGGAAGAUGCAGCACAGCCACUCAAGUGAGCAGCAGGAGAGGGGAAAGAUGAGCUCUUGUUCAUGACAAAUAGUAAAGGGCGCACCUCAUUAGUCAAAUUAUACCAAUCUGUUCAUGUGAAAUAUCUAGUUCUCGUGGUAGAUAUAGGGAACCAAAUCAAAGUAUUUCAGCUUGAAUAGUGCAGGAGGAUAAAGUGAACCAAAAUCUUAAACAGAUAAUAUUUUUUUCUAAUGGAAAUAAAAAUUGAUGUGUAACUUUCCCUUGA